AUGCGCCACUUAAAGUCUACGUUAAAACGGUCCCUGACGCCCACGGGCGCGGAAAUGAAGGCCCAAAGUAGCCUUGAGGUGCCACAACCUAUCCGCUCGGCAUCCUUCGAUGACAAUCAACUGGAAGCCCGAAGGAACAAGGAGCUUGUGGGACCGUCUGCAGAAGCGGAAGUUUUCCUAAGGGUUCCACCUCCAACACCGACAGCCGGUUUUAGUUCGCGUUCGCAAAGCAUAGAUAUCAGCAUGCCUGACGAUUCUUCAUCGUCGUCGGAGGCACCAUCCAGAAGGUUUUUACGAAGAAUAUCCUCCAGCUGCAAGUCGCAAUACUGUUGGCACUGCAAGGCGGACAAGGAGCACCAGAGACUGCAUCCGCCCGAACCAGAACUUGAACUUGAAGACAUACCGGACGAAUUUUUGUAUUAUAGAGACAGUAGCGAGAGCGAAAGCGACGACGAAGAAUAUUUCAAAAUGUUUAAGACUCCGACAGUGUUCCUGUCACAGGAGAUUACGGAGCCAGCCCCAUCUAUAAGUAUUUAUGAUCCUCCUCCUAUCUCAAUAACAACCACCAUUGAAGUUCAUUCGCCGACUAAUGUGUCAGUUUCAUCAUCGAAUUUUUUAUCAGUGCCGUCAACUUCAACGGAUCCUCGAUUUUUACCUCCUCAAAACGAACAGUCAUCAAGUAGCCAUGAUAAUCCUUUAAACCUGCCUAGCUUUUCCGUAACAGGGGAAGAUAUUCCUAAUACUUCCCAUUAUUCUCGUGCGCGUAGAAAAUCCAUAAUAAGACAAGAAUCGUUUUUCGUCGAUCCUAACACCGGUUCUGUUGAGUCGGACUGUGCUUCAGAAGGUGCUGUUUCUGAUAACGAAGAUGUCCGGGAUUACUUUCUCAAGGUGCCCGAUUUGCGUAGAGACCGGGCAAGAUCUGUCGAUUCUUCAUUUUCGCAGCCCAACAAGGCCAAAACUGAAGAAUUGACGCAUUCUGGUUUGUUUUUGGAAGUGCCCACCACUUCGACAAACGCUUCUUCAAGAUCAAGAUCCAUUGAUAUCGUAUUACCAACUCACGAAAAGGAGCGCUACAAAGCGCUACUGUUAACAGUACCUCAGGACGGGAAAGUUGAAAUUGACUUUCGACUGGUAAUAAGAAACACAUCGGAUUGGAGUGAGACUGCAAAAAAUGGGGACCAUGUGUGGGCUAAGACUACUGAAUCGACAGAGGCCUGUCAAGUAGGCGAGCACGAUUGCACUGUAAGUUACCUUUUAAAUUUAUAUUAA